UGAGUUUGAAAAACUGCACCAGAAGCUAAAGCUAGAUGCUAAAAGUGUGUUGUCAUCCGGAUAAAACAAAAGUCGGUUUUAUUUUUGGUAAAAUAUACUUUGAUUAAUUUGUCAAAGUGAUCAUGGCGAUGAUGAAUGAUUCCAUGGGACGAAUCCUGCCUGAUUAUGCUGCUGGUGCUAAGAAGGUCCAGUUCAGUCCGUACGCGGACAACGGAGGGAGUGUCGUUGCUAUUGCUGGUCCAGGGUAUGCUAUCAUUGCAUCCGAGACACGUCUGAGCUCUGGGUACAGCAUCUACACCCGGAACCAGGAAAAAUUGUUCACUCUUUCGGAGAGAACUGUUCUAGGAUGCUCAGGAUGUUGGUGUGACAUUUUGACAUUCACUAGAAUUCUCGCUGCUCGCAUGCAGAUGUACAAGCACGAGCAUCUCAAAGAAAUGUCAACUCCAGCAGCAGCGCAGAUGAUGUCCACGAUGCUCUACUACAAAAGAUUCUUUCCUUAUUACAUAAGCAACAUUCUCGCUGGACUUGAUGAGAACGGCGAAGGCUGCAUCUUCAGCUACGACCCCAUAGGUCACUGCGAGAGAAAUAUGUACCGUGCUGGUGGAUCUUCUGGUGCUUUGUUGCAACCUCUUCUAGACAACCAGGUUGGAUACAAGAACCAGGAAGGCGUAGAAAAAGAACCUCUGAGUAAAGAACGUGCACUGAGUAUAAUAAAAGACGUGUUUAUAUCAGCUGCUGAACGUGACAUUUUAACUGGUGAUGGGAUCACUAUUAAAAUUAUAACCAAGGAUGGAAUUCAAGAUGAUUACUGCAGCUUGAGAAAAGAUUAAAUUAAGGAUAUGGAAAUUUUGUAUCAAUAAGAUUUUAAAAUAAAGCUUUUCAAUUAAUUAAUCAAA